AUGGACGGAAUCAAGAAUGCAUUCGCCAGAGCCAAGCAGGAGAAGCGCGCCGCUUUGGUCGCCUACUUCACUGCAGGAUAUCCCACUGUUGAGGAGACCGUAGAUGUUCUGAUGGGCUUGGAAAAUGGUGGUGCUGACAUUAUCGAAAUGGGUGUCCCUUUUACGGACCCUAUCGCAGAUGGACCUACUAUCCAGAAGGCCAACACCCAGGCUUUGGCCAAUGGUGUGACAAUCCCCCUUGUCCUGGACCAGGUCCGCACCGCCAGAAGCCGCGGUCUGAGAGCACCCGUUCUUCUGAUGGGCUACUACAACCCUUUGAUGCAGUAUGGUGAGGAGCUCAUGCUCCAACACUGCAAGGACGCCGGUGUCAAUGGUUUCAUCAUGGUCGAUCUGCCCCCGGAGGAGGCUGUUCGCUUCAGAGAUCUUUGCGCCAGUGCCGGUCUCUCUUACGUCCCCCUCAUUGCCCCCGCCACCUCCGAGUCCCGUAUGAAGCUUCUCUGCAAGAUCGCCGAUUCCUUUAUCUACGUCGUUUCCAGAAUGGGUGUCACCGGUGCUACCGGAAAGCUCAGCUCGAACUUGCCCGAUCUCUUGUCUCGCGUUCACACCUGGUCCGGAAACGUGCCCACGGCGCUGGGAUUCGGUGUUAGCACCCGCGAGCACUUCCUCUCCGUGCAAAACAUCUCCGAGGGUGUCGUUAUUGGUAGCCAGAUCAUCACCGUCUUGGGUGACGCCCCUGCCGGUCAGGCGGCUAAGCAUGCCCAGGACUACCUCUCCAGCGUGACCGGUCGUCGCCUUGAGAGAGAUGCUCAGGGCAAGGUGACUGGCUCCGUCAACGUGCUUGACCCCGUCCUGAAGGAGGCUCCCCCUGCCCUCUCUCAGCCCACCGAUGUCAUUACCAACGACGACACCCCGGCUGGUCCGGGCCUGGUCGACCAGAUUGAAGCUCUGAACGGCUCUGGUGACCCUGCUCUCAUUCCCUCCCGUUUCGGUGAGUUCGGUGGCCAGUACGUGCCCGAGUCCCUCAUGGACUGCUUGGCCGAACUCGAGCGUGGCUUCGAUCAGGCGCGCAACGACCCUAAGUUCUGGGAGGAAUACCGCUCCUACUACCCCUACAUGGGCCGCCCCAGCAGCCUCCAUCUCGCUGACCGCUUGACGGAGCAUGUCGGUGGUGCCAACAUCUGGUUGAAGCGUGAGGAUCUUAACCACACCGGAAGUCACAAGAUCAACAAUGCUCUCGGUCAGAUCCUGCUUGCCCGCCGCCUGGGCAAGAAGAGAAUUAUUGCCGAGACUGGUGCUGGCCAGCACGGUGUCGCCACGGCCACCGUCUGUGCCAAGUUCGGCAUGGAGUGUGUCGUGUACAUGGGUGCCGAGGAUGUCCGCCGUCAGGCCCUCAACGUCUUCCGUAUGAGACUUUUGGGUGCUUCCGUCGUUGCCGUCGACGCCGGCAGCCGCACUCUUCGUGAUGCUGUCAACGAGGCUCUCCGCGCCUGGGUUGUCCACCUCGACACCACCCACUACAUCAUCGGUUCCGCCAUCGGCCCUCACCCCUUCCCGACCAUCGUGCGUACCUUCCAGUCUGUCAUCGGUGACGAAACCAAGGAACAGAUGAAGGCACUCAUCGGCAAGCUGCCCGAUGCUGUCGUUGCCUGCGUUGGUGGUGGCAGUAACGCCGUGGGUAUGUUCUACCCCUUCUCGAACGACCCCAGCGUCAAGCUCCUGGGUGUCGAAGCCGGUGGUGACGGUGUUGACACCGACCGCCACUCCGCCACCCUCUCCGGCGGCAGCAAGGGUGUCUUCCACGGUGUCCGCACCUACGUCCUCCAGGACAAGCACGGUCAGAUCUCCGAAACCCACUCCAUCUCCGCCGGUCUUGACUACCCCGGUGUCGGCCCCGAGCUCUCCAACUGGAAGGACAGCGACCGCGCCAAGUUCAUUGCCGCCACCGACGCCGAAGCCCUUACUGGCUUCCGUGCCCUUGCUCAAACCGAGGGUAUCAUCCCCGCUCUGGAGUCCUCCCACGCCGUCUUCGGCGCCAUGGAGCUCGCCAAGUCCAUGAAGACAGGCGACAUCGUCCUCAACCUCAGUGGAAGAGGUGACAAGGAUGUCCAGAGCGUGGCUGAUGAGCUGCCUCGUCUGGGUCCUAAGAUCGGCUGGGACCUGCGCUUCUAA